AUGUCAUCCUCGGCGACUCCCCAGGCGGACGAAUCCUCCCACCGACGCUCCAUUCCCUCGCGGCCCACCACACCACUGCGGCCAACAUCGCGCUCAUCCUUCCGCGGCAGCGCCUCCGCGAACCGUCACCACGAUGCAUCCCACCGAUCCUCGACUGCCGGUGGCGAGCCCACCCCGCUCGAAGCGCUGGAACCCGCCUUCGCCGAGCUGAGCGACAGCAUGGCCGACCUGGAGGCCAACUUCAUGCACCUGCAGCUGAUGCACGAGUCGCUGGCCCGCUUCUCUGAGAGCUUUGCCGCCUUUCUGUACGGACUGAACAUGAACGCAUUCUGCGUCGACUUCCCCGAGGCCCCGCUGCCCGAGAGCUUCCAGCGCCAGCGUCUGCAGGAGCAGGCACGCGAGGCUGUCGCUCGCAUGAGCAACAUUGGCGUAGGCGCCGCGGCAGCGUCGUCCUCUUCACGUGUGCGCGGUGGUGGAGGCGUGGACGGCAACGAGGCAGAUACGGAGGCUACCUUCUUGUGA